CGUAUAUAUACAGGGAGUUCACUGAAGCACCGCUGAAUAGGUUCGUCGCUUAAACCGCACAAAUAAUUGAGUUAUGUCCUCUUUGAAUAUGGACAAUGCAGUAAACCCCUCCUCUGGUCACGUCCACUACUAUGAUGAUCUCGGUCACUACCGGGACAAUUGUCCUCUUCAAACGCUACCAGGUGCUGCCUCUGACAUGAGCUCCUACCAGCUGCGCAACACCUUAUCCCGGCUUCAGCGAGUCGUGGUCCAGGCCAGUGAUCCUAUGUACAAGAAGCUCACUCAGGACUCUUUACAGAAGAAGGCUCUCCGCCUGAUGAAGAAUAGGUGGAAAGCGGGUCGGGAAUGUCGGCAAAGAAAGAAAGAGUAUCUGAUGCGUCUGGAGAAUCGAGUGGCUGAUUUGGAGAAACAAAACCAAGCUCUUCUUGAGGAACUUCAUGCUUUGAGAGGCUCCCAGGGAAACAGUGAAACAGUGAUAGUGGAGUGACACGACCUUGAAGGACACCGCCGUCAAGUGUCUGCAGGUCAUCCGUCUCCAUGUACUCCCUGUGCCUGUGUGGGUUUUCUCCGGGCACUCCGGUUUUAUCCCACACCGCCAUAUUUGAACUUGUGAUUAUGUAUCAUUUUGCAAUGUAGUGUGUGGUUUUGUCAACAUUCUUAAGGGUGUGAAUAGCUCUAUGUUGGUGUUCUGAAAUAAACAGUUUACAAAUAGAGUUCGGGGUAUGCCAUCACUUUUAAGUGUGUUGUGUGGUGAGCAUGAUGUUGUGGCGGUAAGUGCCGUUCCCUCACUGCAAGAAGGUCAGAGGCAUUAUCCCAGCUUCUCGGGGAUUUAUGGGAUCUUAUGACCUUUAUGUGUUGCAUUUGCCCACCAGUGGGCACUGUCUCCUCUAAAGUCACAAUGAAGCCUCACUUUUUUUUAUCUGAGUCCUACCUACUGACCUUUAAAUGAGGGUACAUCAUGAUUUGCCUUAGCUCAGUGCCUUAUUAUCAAUGCACAUCAUUUCUUUAUUUCAUAUGUUAUCGGACUAUUCAUUUCCACCUGAGUGAGUCUUUAUUUUCCUUUGAAGUACGUUUUAUUCAAUGAAGGAUUCUUUGGCACAUUUUUCUGUUCACUCUGUCCUUGAAUCUGCAUUUUCUUGCACCUUGUUUCUGUCUCUUGUAUUACUUUUUUAACCUACGAUGCUUUAUCUAUUUAUGAUAAAUGUGAAUCUUUCUCCCACAGUCUGGACUCAAUAAUCUGGCUUACUACCUCUGUACUCAACCAACUACAUGCAUUUGUGUUUAUUAUUCAACAAAAUUGGACACGUUUUCCAACAAAAGACUUUUCAAAUGUUUAAUUUAAAUCCAUGUUUGCUCUUCAAGGCUUCAAGCUCCUCCACCAAAGCCUCGUUCUCCUUUUGGAGCUUGGCAGCACGAGAUUCGAGGGUUUCAAUGUACCUUUUCUUCCGUUGCCGAAACUCUUGAACAGCUUUCCUGAACAAAAAAAGUUGUUCAGGAUCAUUGACGUGAAUAAAUACA